AUAAACUGGUUAAGACAUUUUUUAUUUAACCCGUAAUCUAUAUGGAAUAUAAUCCCCUCAUUUAUUUUUUCCAGAUUAGGCAAUCUAUAAUUUCUUCUGGUCUGUAAUUGUAACACUUAUCAAAAUCUCUAUAAAGAUCUUCAACUUUAAUAGACAGAUGUUACUCGCCUGGUCCCUCAUUUACAAACACAACUUCUCCCCUCAUACUGGUUAUAUUUGGAACAACAGGUACAUCACACACAAGAAAAAAAGUUUGUUUUAUGAAAACUGGUUUAACAGUAACAUUAAUCUCAUUAAUCAGUUAAUUAAACCCAAUGGACAGUUUUACACCUAUCCAGAGUUUUUAGAAAUUGUCCAUGUACCUGUUUCACUUAAAGAGUUCCUCAUUGUAAUUAAUGCAAUUCCUCUGGGUUUAAGAUCUCUGCUUUCAGGACUCUCUUCCUCUGCUGCUUCAUUAACUCUCAUGGACCACACUAUGUCUCAUGUUGGUAAAAUCUGUUUCUCUGUUCGCUGGUCACAAAAUAAAUCUAUUUGAGGGCUUUUCCAGCAAACGACUCACUUCCUCCCAUAUCAUCUCCUAUUGGAACGGGAUUAUCGAUGAUUUACUAUGGUAACAAAUUUACAUGUUGCCAUAUAGAUAUUAACAAAUAAAAUCAUAUAAAUUUCCUACAAAUUAAUAUAUAGCUGUUACCCUGUCAAUUCUUUCAAUUCCUGAAGAUUUCAAAAGAAUAUCGACACCAGCUGUUCUUUCUGUAACAACAAUGAUGAGACCAUAGCGCAUUUAUUUUAGACUUCUUACACUUCUGCCAUUUGGAUCGGCAUACUUCAUUUGGUAUAAAAAACACAUUCUUCCAGAUGUUUCUUUUUGUUUAAAACAUAUACCGGGAAAUGAUAAAAUCUAUUUCCUUAAUUCAAUUUUUCUUUUCAUAUUCAUAAAUGUAAAUACACGUGUGCUAAACCCUUUUUACAGGUUUCAUUUCUGCAAUAAAGAAACGUAAUAAUUCUAUGAAAAAUUCUUCAAAUAUAAAAGCUAUUAAAAUCUGUCUUCUAUUUGAAAUGUAUGGUUUGGAUAACUGGUAAACCUUCUGGCUCUUUUUACCUAUAUUUAAUUUUGUGAUUUGCUCAGCAUGUUCUGAACCCUGAUCUUAUUUUGGGUUCUCUUUCUCCAUUUACUGUUCUUUUUUGUUAGACCUCUUGUUCAAUUUGUUCUGUUAAUGUAUGUAUCUUAAGUUUUGUUAAUAAAGUUUAACGCAUUCCUCGUCUAUGCUUCCCUCUGGUGGUCAUCUUCAUUAUUACAAAAGCUCGCGGUUUCCAGAAGUGACGUAUUUUCUGCUUUUAAUUAUUUUCUGUCAUAUAUUUAUUCACUUGAUUUUAAUGAAUACAAUUUUUAGACGACUGCUUGAGAAUUGCAGUUGUUAAACUAAAGGUGAACAAAUCUCACCGGAACUCAGUUUUGUCUAGAAAAUAAAAGCCUUCCAUCUUUGUUCUUUUUUCGGCCAUAAAUACCAAGGAGUCGGACUUUUGACUGAGACCCUUUUUAAAACAUUGCUUGGGUCAUAAAGAAGAGUUGGACUAAGUUCACUUUUCAUGAACUAAAUGUAAAAAUCGUUACGAUCGGGGCUUUAAUUUGAAAUAGUCUUUUGUCGUCUUUCCGGUGUUUCCGGUUGGUUGUAUUAGCGUCCACAUUUUAGCUGGUUUCGUGCGUUCCGGGUUCUGUUGCUGGCAGGGCGGUGCCCCCCACCCCCACGCCUCUCCUCCCACGUUGCUCUGGCAAAACGCGGCACGCGCACAAACUGGCGCGGUCUCACCUGUACGGACAGGUAAGAUCAUUCGUUCACGUGACGCGCUUGCCGGCGUAUCAGGAGCUGUCGGGUUCGUGGAGUGUUUUUGUCCGGUGGUCCUCCGGUGGUCCUUCGGGUCCGGACACCCGCGGAUCACGGUUUUCCUUGCGUCGCUCUCAAGGACCGCCUCCAAAUUGAGCCAAAACCGGGUCCCGUCAAAAGUCCGCGGAGGCGUAGCUGGCAGGACCUCUCGGUAAAGUCCCCCCGGCCCCGAGAAGGCCCUCCAGACGGAACCAGACCCCCAGCCAAGCCCCGAGGAUGGACUGACCUCCCCGGCUCCGGGCACGAUGCCGGGCGGCAGGCAGUCCUCCCAUCACUCGCUGUGGUUCCUCAUGUCGCCGUUCCGGAACCGGCAGGAGCGGGUGGUUCUGGCGCGCAGCGACAGCCUGUCCGGGGAGCAGCUGCUGAAGAUCACGGUCACGGAGACUACAGUGAUCGAGGCGGACUCCGGCGCGUGGAACCUGCGCUCCAUGACCUACCUGGCGCUGUGGUACUUCUUCAGCUUCUGCACGCUGUUCCUCAACAAGUACAUCCUGUCACUGCUGGAGGGGGAGCCCAGCAUGCUGGGUGCCGUUCAGAUGCUGUCCACCACUGUCAUCGGCUGCUUGAAGAUGGUUGUCCCCUGCUGCCUGUACCAGCACAAGUCCAGAGCUGAGUACCCCCCCAACUUUAUCAUGAUCAUGCUGUUUGUCGGACUCAUGAGGUUCAUCACGGUAGUUCUGGGUCUCGUGAGCCUCAAGAACGUGGCCGUGUCCUUUGCUGAAACGGUGAAAAGCUCCGCCCCCAUGUUCACAGUCAUCAUGUCCCGACUGAUCCUGGGCGAGUACACGGGUCUGUGGGUGAACCUGUCCCUCUUCCCCGUCAUGGCGGGCCUGGCCCUCUGCACGGCCUCAGAGAUCAGCUUCAACAUGCUGGGCUUCUCUGCGGCGCUCUCCACCAACAUCAUGGACUGUCUGCAGAACGUGUUCUCCAAGAAACUGCUUAGCGGAGACACCUACAGGUUCAGUCCUCCAGAGCUGCAGUUCUACACCAGCGCCGCAGCAGUCAUCAUGCUCAUCCCUGCCUGGGCUUUCCUCCUGGACAUUCCAUCUAUUGGGAAAAGUGGGCGGAGCUUUAUCUUCAACCAGGACAUCAUCCUGCUGCUGCUGUUUGAUGGCUGUUUGUUUCACCUGCAGAGCGUCACAGCAUACGCGCUGAUGGGACGGAUCUCCCCCGUGACCUUCAGCGUUGCCAGUACGGUGAAGCACGCCCUGUCAGUGUGGCUCAGCGUCCUCAUCUUCAGCAACCGCAUUACCAUCCUGGGGGCCACGGGGACCGUGCUGGUCUUUAUCGGCGUCUUCCUCUACACCAAAGCCCGGCAGAUCCAGAGGAGAACCCUGCUGGCUCUGAUCGCAGAGCAGAGCCUCAAGGACCAGGACUUUCAGACCCCCCACCCUCACUGAAGACUAGACCCCCUCCCCCUCAGGUUCUGAGCUGGCGUCUGUGUCUGACCGUCCAGACUGGAGGAGGGCGGGGGCGUCUGCCAUCCAGGGGGGUCUCAGUGUGCUGUCUCUGUGAACUGAAAUAUGAAGGGGGGGUCACUCAGCCUCAGCUGAAUGCUUGACACGUUUUUACACCGUGUGUGAACCAUGGGGGGUCAUACUGCAUUCUGGGAAUGCUCCUCCUCUGCAGUUUUGUUUUCUAAACUGGGAGGGGUCAUUUGAAUUAAUGUUUUUGUUGUUUUCGUCCGCCCCCACCCCCGCAAUGGUGGUGUAAUCAUGGGGGGGGGUCAGAACUACAGUCCCGUCCCAUUAGUCUAAUGGGGGGGGUCAUCCUGAAGGUCUGCUUCUGCAGUUCUGAACAGCUGAGUGAAUUCGAUGCAGAUCUUCCAUGGAACGUAGUGUUUUAUGUCUGAAAUGAUUUCCGGUUAGCUUUGAUGGGGGUGGAGCACUGAUCAUCUGAUAAUUGUUCAUUUUCAUUGAUUGUUUUGACAUUAAACAGAAGUGAUUGUAGAAAGUA